AUGUCCACCCCAACGACGCAAAAGGCGUGGAUAGUCGAAAGAAUGGGACACCCCUCGAAAGCAUUAAAUUUCAAAUCGGACUGGCCUGUUCCAAGCGAAAUCCCAAAGGACCACGUACUCGUAAAGAUACAAGCUGCGGCGCUCAACCCAGUAGGAUGGAAAUUGAUGCAGUUGGCUCCUAAUUUCCUCGCGAAAAGGCCCCUGCCUGCUGAAUACGACUUUGCCGGCGUCGUCGAGAAGAAGAACGGCACGGAGUUUGAGGUGGGGGAUCCUGUGUUCGGAUUCAUCCAUGCUCUGAUAACCCUGAAAACGCGACAAGGCACUUUGGCCGAGUACGCGCUGGUGCCGGAUAUAUGCGUGACCAAACGGCCGUCCAAUAUCGAUGCGAUCCACGCUUCUGGGUUGACACUGGCUGGCCUCACCGCCUGGCAAUCCCUGUUCGAAUGCGCCCAUCUGGAAGCUGGCCAGACGGUCUUCAUCUACGGCGCGAGCACGGCAGUGGGAUUGUUCGCAAUACAGAUCGCGAAAGCACGCGGGAUCAAGGUCGUCGCGAGUGCCUCCGGAAAGAACGAAGAACUCGUCAGGAAAACAGGCGCAGAUGAGUUUAUUGACUAUACGAAGGAGCCGAUACACAAAUACCUUGCAUCCCAUCCACCCUCGCCCAAAUUCCAUGCGAUAGUCGAUGCGUACGGUCUCUCAGACCCCUCGUUGUACACCCACAGCGCUACAUACAUGGCGCAUGGUGGCGUAUUUGUGACAACUACACCAGCCCCUCACGGUCUCUCUUUCAAAGAGAUGGGGUAUCUUCUAAAGACGAUCGCUGCUAUGACAUGGCCCUCCUGGCUUGGCGGCAUUCCCAGGAAAUUCAAGCUCGUCAGUCUCAAAGCGAACAAGGCCGAUUUGGAGGCAUUCCAUACCUUGGUUGCAGAAGGCAAGGUUGUAGGGGUCGUGGACUCUGUCUACGAGAUGCAAGACGUGCUGAAAGCUUACGAGCGAAUAAUGAGUUCAAGAGCAACCGGCAAGGUUGUGGUGAAGAUCGAAGGAUCAACGUGA